CUGUCCGCCGCUCGACUUCCGACGUAAAGCUCGCGCACGGCCCUUGGGCGGUCGACCAGCGGAAACUAGAACCACUGAAGCUACGCAGAGUCGCUCAUUUCACCUUCUCACUCUCUUUCCACAUCAUACGAGGUUUCAAGAUUCGAUCUUGACACAAAAUCGAUUCCUGCACGCCCAUCGCAUUACUACAAAGACUACCGACGUGCAUCAAACGCGUCUCACUUCGAGGCUGGCCUUCAGACGCGUACUACAAUAGUUUCCAGCAUGGCGAGCAACGACCAAGGCAGAAAGCGCGCGCGCUCACCCUCGAGAUCGCCGUCACGAUCACCACCCCGCCAGCGAAAGCGCCCUGGGGCGGGUGCCCGAGUAUCAGCCGCGGACCGCGAAGCCGCCCGAAAGCGUGCGCAAGCGAGAGAAGAAGAAGCGGCUAGGAGGGCACAGCAGGAGGCCGCACAGAGAGGUGUCCACGACGUCGUCAAACAACAUUACAACUCGGUCCCGGAGCGAGGUCGUGAAUGGCGCAACACAGACAGCAAGAUCAAGGGACUGCGCAGCUUCAACAACUGGGUCAAGUCGUCCAUCAUCCAGAAGUUCAUUGGCGACGAGCGGAAUCUCAAGAUCCUUGAUGUCGGGUGUGGAAAGGGUGGUGAUCUGGGCAAGUGGGAGAAGUCGAGGAAGGUAGAGCUGUAUGUUGGAUGCGAUCCCGCAGACGUUUCGAUCAAACAGGCCAAAGACAGAUUUGCCCAGAUGCAGAAGAAGAACCGGCGACUGUUUCAUGGCGAGUUCUAUGCCAAAGACUGCUUCGGGGAGUGGUUGGGCGACAUACCCAUCAUCAAGGAAGUCGGCAUUGAUCCGGGAGCUGGCCAGGGUAACGCCAUGAGCCAGCGUUGGGGCGGUGGUGGCUGGGACAUGGUCACAAUGAUGUUCUGCAUGCACUACGCUUUCGAGAGCGAGGCCAAAGCAAGAGGCAUGCUACGAAAUGUCGCAGGCGCAUUGAAGAAGGGAGGACGGUUCAUUGGCUGCAUACCCAACUCGGACGUGCUGUCGCAGAAGGUCAUCGAGCAUCACAAGGCCAAGGGCACAGCACCACCUGAUGUAGAUGGUGCCGAUGACGACGAUGACCGUCCGGCCUUUGCAAGCGACGACGACGACGACUGGGAUCCUGAGAAGAGUCUUGACAGCCCCAAGCCCGCUGAUACGGAGCACACGAACGACGACAAGUCUGGAGAGUCGAAGAAUAAGGAGAAGGAGAAGGAGAAGGAGGAACAAGAAGACGGCGAGGUUGAAGAUGAGGGCUUCAACUUUGGCAACAGUAUCUACAGCGUCAAGUUCCCCGGCAAGACACCUCCUGAUGGCGUGUUCCGUCCUCCGUAUGGCUGGAAGUACUCAUACUGGCUCACUGAAGCUGUAGAGGCGCCCGAGUACGUAGUUCCCUGGGAAGCUUUCCGAGCACUAGCAGAGGACUUUAAUCUCGAGCUUCAGUACCGCAAGCCUUUCAGGGAGGUCUGGGAAGAGCAAAAGGAUGACCCUAUUCUGGGUCCCCUAAGUGAGGUCAUGAAGGUCAGGGAUCGCAACACUGGUCGACUACUGACUUCGGAAGAGGAGUUGGAGGCAGCAGACUUUUACCAUGCAUUCUGCUUCUACAAGGUUUAAUCGGGCAGCAUCAUCGGCGUUUGGGAUCUGGCAGAUAUGCCUAGGGUAUCAAGGUGGAAAAGUCGUUUUCAACAUGUAAAAUAUUUGGUACUCUACUAGUCAGUCGUGACGAGUCGCGACAACAAUGGAACAUGUGCAAGAGGCCUCUCCCUGCAAUAGCUGAAGACAUGAUGCAUUGCGACAGCCAUAACUCCACGCCAAGUGCCAGCCAUGCUUUAUAUUCACAUGCUACCAGACGCAUGUGCAGACGGGAAGAAUUACCAAGCCCAGUCACGUUGCUCG